AUGGCGGCAUUACCGGUGGAGCAAACAGGUGAAUCACCGACGACGGAAUUGCAGAGAUCUAUUCCGACGCCGUUUCUGACCAAAACGUAUCAACUUGUGGAUGAUCCUUCUGUGGAUGAUUUAAUUUCAUGGAACGAAGAUGGCACAAGCUUCAUCGUUUGGUUACCUGCUGAAUUCGCAAGAGAUUUGUUACCGAAGUAUUUCAAACAUAACAACUUCUCCAGUUUCGUUCGUCAGCUUAAUACAUAUGGAUUUCGGAAAGUUGUGCCGGAUCGUUGGGAAUUUGCAAACGACGGUUUCCGACGAGGUGAGAAGAAUCUACUCCGUGAUAUACAGCGGCGGAAAAUAUUGUCGGCGGCAGGUACGCCGAUUGUGACUACGACUGUGACUACAACGGUAGCCGCGGCGACUAAUGUUGUGACGGUAGCUAUGGCGGCACCGGUUAGAAUAGUGUCUCCAACAACUUCCGGUGAUGAACAGGUGGUUUCAUCGAACUCGUCUCCUAUUGUGGCGCACAAUAGUACUACAGUGCACCGUAGUACAAGUUACACUACUUCGCCCGAGUUAUUUGAAGAGAAUGAAAGGCUUAAGAAAGAGAAUAUGCAACUGAGUAACGAGUUAUGUCAAUUGAAAGGUCUUUGUAAUAGUAUAUUAUCUAUGAUGAGUAAUUAUGCUUCUGGUUUUAGUCGACAGUUAGAAUCAUCGACUAGCGCCGCAACGGCACGGGCUGUCCUUGUAACUGAAGGAGGGAAAGCGUUGGAUCUGUUGCAUACAAGGAAUGUUUCAUUAGUUGAGGAGGCUGUGGCUGUUAAUGUGGGUGGUGCUGGUGGUGGUGCUGAGACCGCGAUUUUGGCUGGUGUUGCAGGUGGUACAUCUGGUGCAUCGUGUGAGACAGCAAAUUUGGCUGAACCUGAGAAUGGGCAUGGGGCUCAAAAUCCUAAACUGUUUGGGGUUUCUAUUGGGCUUAAACGAUGUAGGAUAGAGUGUGAGGCUGAACCGGAGAGAGAGGAACGGGAACAGUAUCAAAUGCCAAUGCAAAUGCAGAUUGAAACACAAUCCUCUCAUGAACAUGAUCACCAUCAAAUGCAAAUGCAGAUGCAAACACAAUCCUCUCAUGAACAUGAUCGAGGAUCUGAUGUGAAAUCUGAACCGCAUGAUGGUAACGAUGACUCGGAUGAUCAAGAGCAUCGUUGGGAUUUGAUGAAAUAG